AAUACCCGUUCACAACUCUUUCCCUCUUCCACCCUUCGGCCUGCUCUUAUCCAUCUCUUUUCCCACUACUUUUAACUCCCUCCACCAUUUCCCCCCAUCUCUCUGUACCUCUCUCAAGUGUUCUUCUUCCUCCUUAUCUCUGCCUCCCUUUUUAUCCCUUUAUAUAUGAGAGUGAGUCUAACAUGGUCAGCCGGGAAGAGUCGUGCCGUAUACCAUCAUCGUCGUACAGGCCUUUUGUACUUGUUAUCUCAUAGAAUCCGGCGUCGGCGACUGGAGGAGGUGAGAGAUUUUGUGAUGCAUGGAUUGCCUCCAAGACUGGCCCGAACCAAUCGUCCGCGUCCAGUCCCUUUCGGACAGCGGCGCCACCACGAUCCCCGACAGGUACAUAAAGCCGCCCUCCGACCGUCCUUCUUCGGCCCCAUCCGCCAACCUCAGCAUCCCGGUCAUCGACCUCGAUUCGCUCGCCUGCACCGACGGCACCGCCGACCGCGCGGCCGUCGUCCGGGCCGUAUCCGAUGCGUGCCGGGACUGGGGAUUCUUCCAGGUGGUGAACCAUGGGGUGGAUCCACGGCUGAUGAGACGGAUGAGGGAAGCGUGGCGGGGCUUCUUCCAUUUACCCAUGGAAGCGAAGCAGGUGUAUGCCAAUUCCCCCAAGACUUACGAGGGCUACGGCAGCCGGCUCGGGAUCGAGAAGGGCGCCAUUCUCGAUUGGGGUGACUACUACUACCUCCACAUCCUUCCCCCCUCCCUAAAAAGCCAUGACAAAUGGCCUGCCCUUCCUCCUUCCUUGAGCAGGGAGACUACCGACGACUAUAGCCGAGAAUUGAUAAAGCUGUGUGAAAAAGUGAUGAAGGUGCUGUCGUCGGGCCUGGGACUGGAGGAGAAUUUCCUACAGAAGGCGUUCGGCGGGGACGACGUGGGUGUUUGUAUGAGGGUCAAUUUCUACCCCAAGUGCCCCCAGCCGGACCUCGCUCUCGGCCUCUCCUCGCAUUCGGAUCCGGGCGGCAUAACCGUGCUCCUGGCCGAUGACCGCGUCAAAGGCCUUCAGGUUCGCCGAGGCGAUGCUUGGGUCGCCGUUCAGCCGAUUCCCGACGCCUUUAUCAUCAACGUCGGCGAUCAAAUUCAGGUGCUCAGCAAUGCGACGUACAGAAGUGUGGAGCAUAGGGUGGUGGUGAACUCAGAAGCAGAGCGGAUAUCUUUUGCUUUUUUCUACAAUCCAAAGAGUGACCUGCCAAUAGAACCAGCCCCUGAAUUGGUGACACCUGACCGCCCUGCACUCUAUCAACCCAUGUCCUUCAACGAGUACCGUCUCUACAUCAGGAAGAAUGGCCCUCGUGGAAAAUCACAAGUAGAAUCGCUCAAGGCCGUCUGAUGAUAUCUUUGAUUUCAUCAUCCCCUCUCUUCCUCUUCUUUGGUAUUUGUACAUCAUUGGUAUUAGUAAGAAUUUAUAUAUAUGUAAAUCUCAUUUGGCCCACCA